UAAUAGCCCCUUGUAGAGCAGAUAUAUGCAGUUAAAAAAUGAUGGGUUAUUAGCAAGCUCAAGCUCUUCAUUAUCUACUCUAUAUAUUCUGGGUUUUAUAGAAUGUUGUAAAGUUCGUGCAAUUGUUGUGAUUAAGAAUCAAUGGUGACUCAACUUCAAGGAUUUAUGCUUCCGAAUUCAAAGCUGCUUGGCAGGUCAUUCUCUAAUGCUUUAUUUCUUUACGCCCCUCAUGGAUCUACUUCUAAGUUUCACAAGUAUUUAUGUGGGAAUAUUGGUGUAUUAACCAAAGCUGCAUUUGGUAGCAGUGCAAGCUCCCCGAUUUUUGAUGAAGAAUCUUUUGUAGAGAAUGGGACAAAUUUAACAAAUAUGGGUAUUUCUGAGGGACUUGAAUCCCUUGAGUUGAAUAAAAAGAAUAAAAUUGUUGCAAAUCAUCAAACCUAUAUCUGGCUCUUAGAUGGAUAUGUAAAGUCUGGGUCUUUCCCUGAUUCAAAGAAGCUUCAUGGGAAAAUUUUGAAAUCUGGUUUUGGUGGGGAUCAUGAUAUAUGUACCAGGCUUAUUGAUGCGUAUGCAGCGGCCGGUGAUUUAGAAGGUGCAGUCCAGGUGUUUGAUGAUAUGCUGUAUAAAAGUGUGUCAUCUUGGAAUAAGUUAAUGUUAGCCUUUUCUGGGAAGAAGCUGACUACUCAAGUUUUGGGUCUUUAUACUCAAAUGCUGGCAGAAAACGUUAAUCCAGAUGAAAGUACAUUUGCAUAUAUUUUACGGGCCAAAGUUGAUUUCCAAUAUGUAAGACAAGUACACGGUAAAGCUAUUCGAUAUGGCUUUGGUACAUGUACAGUUGUUUGUAAUCCAUUAGUUGACUUGUAUACCAAGAAUGGGUUUUUAGAUACUGCCAAAAAUGUUUUUAAUGGCAUACAUAUGAAGGAUAACGUCUCUUGGGUGGCUAUGAUAUCUGGUUUCUCUCAAAGUGGACAAGAAAUAGAAGCCAUCCUUUUGUUCUGCGAGAUGCAUAAGUCUGGAAUUUUCCCUACUCCUUACGUUUUCUCCAGUGUCAUAAGUGCCUGUACUAAAAUACAGCUAUUUAAGCUUGGUGAACAGCUUCAUACCCUUGUAUAUAAAUGGGGCCUUUCAUCAGAAACCUUUGUGUGUAAUGCUUUUGUCACUUUGUAUUCUCGUUCUGGGAACUUGAUGAUGGCUGAACAAAUUUUUAGAAAUAUGCAAAGAAAGGAUGGGGUUUCGUACAACUCGCUCAUAUCAGGGCUUGCACAGCGUGGAUUCAGUCAAAGGUCUCUCCAAUUAUAUGAGGCAAUGCAGCUUGAUCAUCUGAAACCCGACUGUGUUACAAUUGCAAGUCUCUUGAGUGCAUGUGCAUCAGUUAAUUCUCUUUAUAAGGGAAGGCAACUGCACUCAUAUGCAAUAAAAGCAGGAAUGACUUCGGAUAUCAUUAUUGAAGGUUCCUUGCUGGACCUUUAUGUUAAAUGUUCAGAUGUCAAAACAGCGCAUAAAUUCUUCCUUAUGACUCAAACAGAAAAUGUUGUUCUGUGGAAUGUAAUGCUUGUCGCAUACGGGCAGAUGGGUGAUUUAGCUGAGUCAUUACGGUUAUACUCGCAGAUGCAGAUUGAGGGCAUGUGUCCAAAUCAAUAUACAUACCCUAGUAUAUUGAGGACCUGUACUUUAGUAGGAGCCCUGGAUCUAGGAGAGCAGAUUCAUACACAAGUAUUAAAGACUGGUUUUCAGCCAAAUGUUUAUGUUUGUAGUGUGCUUAUAGAUAUGUAUGCCAAACAUGGAAGACUAGAUACUGCUCUGAGAAUUCUUAAAAGGCUAAGUGAGAAAGAUGUAGUUUCGUGGACAGCUAUGAUUGCGGGAUAUGCUCAGCAUGAUAUGUAUGCUGAAGCUCUUAAGCUUUUUGAAGAAAUGCAGGACCACGGCAUUCAAUCAGAUAACAUAGGAUUUUCAAGUGCAAUUAGUGCAUGUGCUGGAAUAAAAGCUGUUAACCAAGGAAGACAAAUUCAUGCUCAAUCAAUUACAUGUGGCUACUCACUUGAUCUUUCUAUUGGCAAUGCACUUGUUAGUCUAUAUGCAAGGUGUGGCAGGAAAGAGGAUGCAUAUUUGGCAUUUAACAAAAUUGAUGAGAAAGAUAACAUCACAUGGAAUGGAUUGAUAUCAGGAUUUUCACAGAGUGGACACUGCGAAGAAGCAUUACAGGUCUUCUCACUAAUGAAUAAAUCUGGGCUGGAAGUUAAUAUGUUCACAUAUGGGUCUGCAGUUAGUGCUGCUGCUAACACAGCAAACAUAAAACAAGGGAUGCAAAUUCAUAGUCGGAUUAUUAAAACUGGUUACAGUGCUGAAACUGAGGCAUCAAACGUUCUUAUUACAUUGUACGCUAAGUGUGGCAGUCUUGAUGAUGCCAGGAGAGAAUUCCUAGAUCUGCCUGAGAAAAAUGAGGUUUCAUGGAAUGCCAUGAUUACAGGAUAUUCACAACAUGGACGUGGUACUGAAGCACUAGAACUCUUUGAGGAAAUGAAACGGCUUGGCUAUAUGCCAAACUAUGUUACUUAUGUGAGUGUGUUAUCAGCUUGUAGCCAUGUGGGUUUGGUAGAUGAGGGGCUUAAUUAUUUUAAGGCUAUGAGCGAAGAACAUAACCUAGAGCCGAAACCAGAACAUUAUGUUUGUGUUGUUGAUAUUUUGGGGAGAUCUGGCUUCUUAGGACGUGCAAUGAAAUUCAUAGAGGCAAUGCCAAUUGAACCAGAUGCAAUGGCUUGGAGGACUCUACUAAGUGCUUGCACAGCGCAUAAGAAUAUUGAAAUUGGAGAAUUUGCUGCUCGUCAUCUUUUGGAAUUAGAACCUGAUGACUCUGCAACCUAUGUACUUCUUUCAAAUAUGUAUGCAGUUUCCGGGAAAUGGGAUUACAGGGACCAUACAAGACAAUUGAUGAAAAACAGAGGGGUAAAGAAGGAGCCUGGUCGUAGCUGGAUCGAGGUUAAGAACUCGGUUCAUGCAUUUUUUGUUGGUGAUCGACUCCAUCCAUUAGCGGGUAAAAUCUAUGAACAUUUAGAUGAUCUAAACAGACGAGCUACUGCAGUUGGUUACAUACAAGACCGUAGUAGCCUUUGGAAUGAUAUAGAGCAGGGACAGAAGGACCCAACAACGUACAUUCACAGUGAGAAGCUUGCUAUUACUUUUGGACUUUUGAGCUUGCCUGAUACUAUCCCCUUACGUGUGAUGAAGAAUCUUCGGGUCUGUAAUGAUUGCCAUAAUUGGAUUAAGUGUGUGUCAAAGGUCACAAAUCGGUCUAUUAUAGUUCGAGAUUCAUACCGCUUUCAUCAUUUUGAGGAUGGUGGCUGCUCGUGUAAAGAUCACUGGUAAUUCAAAGUCAUGAAUAUAAUUCUGGUUGAUAAGCAGUAAACAUUGAAUUUUCAA